AUGUCAGUGAUUGUAGCUCAGGCUCUCCACAUCUUUGGCUUCCAGUCCCGAGUAGCAAAUAAUAUUUGUUUCUUUGAUGAACAGAUAAUAGUGUACCCCGCGGGAAACAGCUGUGUGAAAUACCACAUAGAACAGAAAUGGCAGAAGUUCAUCCCAGGCUCAGAAAAAAGCCAAGGGAUGCUUGCACUGGCAAUAAGUCCCAAUCGACGCUAUCUAGCCAUUUCAGAGAUACUUCAGGAUAAACCAGCUAUCACAGUUUAUGAGCUGUCAUCCGUCCCAUGCAAGAAGCGGAAGAUUCUGAAUACCUUUGAUUUUGCUGUGCAGGAAUUUAUCAGCCUGGCUUUUUCUCCUGAUUCCAAAUAUUUAGUGGCACAGACAGGACCUCCUGAAUCACAGCUUGCCUAUUGGAUGUGGGAAAAACAAAGAACAAUGGCAAUUGUUAAAGUUGAUGUUCAGAAUAAUCCUCUUUAUCAAGUCAGCUUCAAUCCUCAGGAUAACACUCAAGUCUGUGUUACAGGAAAUGGUAUUUUCAAGCUGUACAAAUACACAGAAGGAACUUUAAAACAGACCAAUUUCUUGCGGGGAGAACCCCAGAACUACUUGUCUCAUGCCUGGCUAUCUGAAGAGAAAGUGAUUGUGGGCACUGAUACAGGCAAACUCUAUUUAUUUGACUCUGGUGAUUUACGGUGGGAGACAAGUAUUGAGCGGAAAGAGCCAAAUGCUGAAAUGCUGAAUGAAGAACCAGCCCAUGAAUCAGAGAGCCUCAUUGAAUUUCCAGCUACCACUUCCCCUGAGUACUCUAGUGAGGUGAUUUGUGACACUGAAGGGCAGCAGCAAGCAUCUCUUCCCCAAGUCUCUGCUGUUGCUGCAUAUUCCAAGGGAUUUGCUUGUUCUGCUGGCCCAGGGAUUGUUCUACUAUUUGAGAAGUCAGAUGAGAAGGAAGGUUACCGAGAAAGUCGAGAGAUUCGGAUUCCACAAGAUCAAUGUAGCAGCGAUCCUAACCAGUCAGAUAAACAAGACGUUGUGUGUAUUGCCUUCAGCCCUGCAGAGGAGACACUUCUCAUCAGCACAAACAAAAAUCAGCUGUAUUUUCUCUCCAUGUCAUCAGCUGAGAUAACUAAGUAUUUCACCUUAAGCACACUCGACCUAUAUAAAGAGUACCAAGAAGAGGCAUACGCGCUUGCUUUUCAUCCUGGUGGUCUGUAUGUUUUGGUUGGCUUUGCUGACAAACUUCGACUUAUGAAUCUACUUAUUGAUGACAUCCGGACUUUUAAGGACUUCACUGUACGAGGAUGCCGAGAGUGUGCCUUCAGUACAGGGGGUCAUCUGUUCGCAGCAGUUAAUGGAAAUGUGAUUCACAUUUACUCUACCAUAAGUUUUGACAAUGUCAUAAAUUUGAAAGGACACAAUGGUAAGGUACGGUCAGUUGUGUGGAGCAUGGAUGAUUAUAAAUUGGUAUCCUGUGGCACAGAUGGAGCAGUAUAUGAAUGGAAUCUCCAGAAUGGCAAAAGGGAAUCAGAGUGUGUACUCAAGUCUUGCAGCUACAGUGGAGUAGCAAUAUCACCUGAUGCAAAAGUAAUCUUUGCUGUUGGUUCCGAUCAUUCUAUCAAGGAGAUUUGUGAUUCUUCGAUACUGAGAGAAGUGCCCUCUUUUGAUGUUACCUACACUUCCAUUGUGAUAGCUCAUUCUGGCCGGAUGGUAUUCACUGGAACCUCUGCUGGGACCAUCCGGUCCAUGAAAUACCCAUUACCUGUGCACAAGGAAUACAAUGAGUAUCAAGCCCAUGCUGGUCCAGUUACCAAG